AUGGCAACUCUAACGGCCACCAGCACUAACGGGGGAAAAAAGAACAUCGGAACAGCAGGAGAGACUGAAAGAAAUAAAAUAGAGCAUCUAUUUGACAGACUUCAUCUUGAGGAGAGGCACCAUAACAAACUGAAAGCUGCAGACAUUCUUCAGAUAACUGUUCAUUCAUUACAGUCUCAUGAGUCUUGUGCUGAAGAAGAGCUGGUUCACACUUUCAUACAAAAACUACUGAUGAUGGACUACAGAACAAGACACAUUCAAAUGAAAGAGAACAAUGAACAGAAUGACACACAGCAAAGAGAUACUCAGUCAUCUGAAGAUGAGGGGGAUAUUUUUCAUUUUGUCCUUCACAACACCUCUUUGUCAAAAGGAAUGAGUCAGUCUGAUCGAAUCCACCCGAUGGAUGUCCAGAUGGCCGUGUUUCAUUGUGCUGAUGGUUUCCUGAAGCAGCUGAUGGUCACUAAACUGUCCCAGUGUCAGUACGCUCUGCCUCUGCUUGUUCCUGAUCCAUUCACACAACAGAUUGAGUUUCCUCUCUGGACAUUCAGACAAAUCAACAAGAGCUGGAAGAUCAGAAACACCAACAAUGAGACCAUCAGUCAAACCCAGCCGAUCUACAAGGCACAAACUCCAAUGGUGUUUUUCUUCAGGUUUGGCUCUGUGUCUUCAUCCAAGUCUCAGCUGAUGAACAGUCUGAUCAAUGAGAAACACAACACGUUCUUCCACAGGAACUGCCCAGGCAGCAGCAGAACCAGAGUCCUGAUGGAUGGAGUGGUGGAGAUCGCCUGGUUCUGCCCCUCUGGGAAAAACACGGAUAAAUUCACUGAGUGUGUUUCGUUCUGUAAUCUACACGGUGAUGCAGGAGACCAUGAGAAACAGCUGCAGAUCCUCACUGAAAUGAGCUCAGUCAAUGUUGUUCUUCUGCCACGACUGGACAGGAAUGACAGAAGUGCAGCAAUAAUCCAAAACCUGUUUGGAAACAGAAAGCCGCUCAUUUGUCUUUUUACUGAGGAUGAAUCUCCUGUCAUUGAGAUGAAGAAAGGUAAAUUCAAGAUUGGUUUGAAAGACAGAAAUCAGUCAGAAGUAUCUGAAGAACUCAGAAGAGCGAUAAAUGAUUGUCUCUCAGAAUCAUCUUCAACUUUCAGAUUUGAAGAUGUGUCCAAACACUCAGAAAUCAGAGUAGAUGAGAAAGAUGAUGAAGACUGCAGGAGAGGAAGAGAAGCAGCACAGCAUACGAUGAGUUUACUGGAGAAGAAACAUCUAACGGAAAUCAAAGAAUCAGUUCUGCCUCAUCAGGGGAAACUGUGGCAUCAGUGGAGUCAGAAGAACAAAGAACUGCAUCGAUCUCGAGGAGAUGAGACAGAAAUGGAAAUGAGUAAAAAACACUUAGAGAUGAAGAAAAUCCGUAAACAGCAGCAUGAAUCUGAUGUCAGUGAGUUUAUGAAGAUCUUUAUUAAAGAAAUGAACUCAAAUACUAGAUAUAAGAUGUUUUUUUUUAAAUGGCUCAGAAUCCUCAUGGAUGAAUAUACAUCAGCUGAUCUUUCUGCUCUACAUCAUACAUAUGAUGAAACUUGGUCAAAACUGAAAGAGAAUCAUGAUAAAUCUGAACUACUCAAAGCUGCACAAACUGAACUUGAGAGAAUAUCUGAGGAUCUUCAAGCUGCAACCUUUGGUCUGGAGCACAUCAUGAGGGAGAUCGGUCAGAUCUAUGAAUCAUGUUCAUCUGUUAAUGAGAACAAGAAAGACCUGCAGUUUGACUUCUCUUCUUUCCCGAGUCUUGCAGCAGAGAUGAUGAUCUCUGGAUUUCCACUGGAGCUGAUGGAUGGAGAUGCUGCUCAUGUUCCUGUGAUCUGGAUCUCUGCUGUUCUAGAUCAACUCAUCCAGAAACUGGGAGACCAGAGAGUCUUUGUGCUGUCAGUUUUAGGGAUUCAGAGCUCUGGGAAAUCCACCAUGCUGAAUGCCAUGUUUGGACUCCAGUUUGCUGUCAGUGCUGGCCGGUGCACCAGAGGAGCUUUCAUGCAGCUGGUCAGAGUGUCAGACGAGAUGAAAACACAGAUGAAGAUCGACUAUAUUCUGGUUGUUGAUACUGAGGGUCUUCGUGCUCUAGAACUGACUGGAAGAUCAACAAGAGAUCAUGACAAUGAAUUGGCCACAUUUGUUGUUGGUCUUGGAAAUCUGACACUGAUCAACAUCUUUGGAGAAAACCCAUCUGAGAUGCAGGACAUUCUUCAGAUUGUUGUUCAGGCCUUCAUGAGGAUGAAGAAGGUCAGACUGAAUCCCAGCUGUGUGUUUGUGCAUCAGAAUGUUUCAGACGUCACAGCUGGAGAGAAAAACAUGGAGGGAAGGAGACGACUGCAGGAGAAACUGGAUGAGAUGACAAAACUCGCUGCUAAAGAUGAAGUCUGUGAUGAAGAAUGUUUCAGUGAUGUCAUUAGAUUUAAUGUUGAUAAAGAUGUGAAGUAUUUCUCUCAUCUCUGGGAGGGAAACCCACCCAUGGCUCCACCAAACCCAAACUACUGUGAGAAUAUUCAAGAACUGAAGGAAACUAUUAUGUCUCAUGCAGAAAAAUCAGAUGGAAUGACCUCGAAAGACUUAAAAGAUCGAGUUAAAGAUCUCUGGGAGGCUUUACUGAAGGAACGAUUCGUCUUCAGCUUCAGAAAUUCUCUGGAGAUUUCAGCCUACAGGAAACUGGAGACUAAAUACAGCAAGUGGACGUGGAGUCUUCGCAGAGUCAUUAUGGAAACUGAGAACAAACUACACAACAAAAUAGAAAAUGAAGCAAUUCAUGAGGUUAAAGAAAGUGAUAUUAAAAGUGAACUGAAGAAGACAAGUGAAGAAGUGGAAAAAUCAAUGUCAGAAUUCUUUGAGAAAGACAAAGAUAAAGAUAUACUGAUUCAGUGGAAAACAUCAUUUGAAAUCAAAAUCAAAGACCUUCAGGAAAACAUUGUGAGAGAAACAAAGAGGAAAUUAAAUGAGGUUCUUCAGCAGCGACACCUGAAGAAAAAAAUUGAUGAUCAGAGGAUACAUCAUGAAAACACUCUCUUUGAAAAGAGCACAAAACUUGCUUUAAAACACAAAGACAACGCAAAUAAUGAAGAAACACUGAAGAAAGAGUUUGAUUUGUUCUGGGAACAGAGUGUGAAGAAGAUCAUCAGAGACACUCCUGCAAUCAGAGACAUUGAUGUAAUGAGAGAUGUGAGAAAGAUCCUCAGUGACGUCUAUGGAAGUGUUUCUGUAGAUCACUGGAGGGAGAGGAGGAAUAUUUUCACUAUGUGCAGUUAUUCAGAUUAUGUACAGUUAAAGAGAUCCAAUGAAUUUUUCAAAGAUGCUUACAGAUCAGCUAAAGAGAAGUUUGGUUAUGUCCUAGCUAAAGAUGAAGAAGCCCAAAUCAGAUCAUUUGUCACAGAUGUUGCUCUGCAGACAGACAUAAUGAUUCAGUCAUUUAACAUUUCAAAGAUGGGCUACAACAUCAGCUGCAUUCAACAACUCACAGAUUACAUCAAGGCAAGAGUAACAGAACAUGAGGAAGGACGAGUGAAAUAUGUGUUCAAAAAUGAAUUCUUCAUGGAUUUGGUUCUUUCCAUCUGUGAGAAUGCAAAGAAGAUGAUGACUGACCAAUACAGACUGUUCAGAGAAGCCAAUGAUCCUGUAAUAUAUGUUGAGAAGAAGAGAGAAGAGUACUAUAGUAUUUUCCAGAAAUCCUGUCAUGGAGCAACAUCAGCUGCCAUUUUUGGUGAGAUCAUCUGUCAGAAACUGAAAGAGCCCAUUGAGCAGAGCGUCUACAAGAAGACUGCCAGAGAUCUAGCAGAUGAAAUGAGAUCAAACUGUGAAUCACUGAAUGGAAACAGAUCAAAUCUGGAUAAACACAUCCUGAAGACACUGGCAGAAGAGCAGGAUUUUGACAAAUACAUGAACUACAUUCAUAAUCCCAGAGAUCACUUCAAGAGUUUCAUCAGAGAUGAAGUCAGUCGGUACAUCACUGAUAAGUUCAGAGUCAGUGUUUUACGCAAGAUGAAGGAGAACAUUGAACUCCUGCAGCAGAAGAUCAUGAAAGCAGCACAUGAAUCUACUGAACAUGUUCAAGAGAACAGAGGAGAUGCUGGUUUGUGGUUGAAGAGUUUCACACAGCAGAUCUCAGAUGAGCUGAUCUUCUCUGAAAAAGACCUCAGAGGAGUCAAACAUGAUGAUGUUGAUGAUUUCAAACUUCUAGAAGAUGUGAUGACACAAGAACUUACUGCUAUAAUGACUGACAUCAGCAAUAGAUUCAACACAAUGACAUUUUCAGUAAAUCUGGACUAUAAGUUCAGACCAGAUGAGCUUCUGAUUGGUCACUUCUGUCAGUGCUGUUGGGUUCAGUGUCCGUUCUGCAGUGCCAUCUGCACCUGCACCAUAGAAAACCAUGCUGGAGAUCACAGUGUUCCUUUCCAUCGAGUGGAUGGAAUCAUAGGUUGGCAUAAUUCAGUAUCUCUGGAUCUCUGUGCUAAUAUUUGUACAAAUUUAGUGAAAAGUGAUCAACGUUUUCAUGAAAGCAAAUCAAAUAAGUUUUUUCUAUACCGGGAAUACAGAAAAGCAGGAGGAGUUUAUGCAAAGUGGAACAUAACCCAUGACAUCUAUGAAAUGCCCUAUUGGAAGUGGUUUGUGUUCAGAUUCAAGAACGAUCUGGAAGAGUACCACAAGAAAACAUUUGGGCAGCAUUAUGAGAUUCUAAAUCAAUGGAAAGAUCUUAAAAAAGAGGAGGCUAUUCAGAGUUUGGAUAAAUACUAAUAGAGCAAAAUAGUAUCUUUUAAAACACUUUGUCCCCUUGGAAGUAUAAGGUUCUAUCUGCGUUCUGAGCAGUUUUGAGAUAUUGAGCUUCAAAGUUUUUGUGUUCCAUAUAACAAAAAUUACAUGGGAACAAAUUUCUAUCAUACAUGAAAAUGACAGGGACCCUAAAUGUAUUCUAAAUGUACAAUAUCAAAAUCCUCUCAAAUUCUCAAAUUUUUUUUUCUUGUUCAAGUUAAGCAUAAAAGGCAGUGCUAAAUAUUUUGUCUAGUGCAGAUGUUACAUUUAGAUAGGAAUUUUCCUUUUGUUUAGACAGAAAGCAGCUACUGUAAUACAUCUGAGCUGAAAGUGGGACAGGGAAAAUGACUGAAGUAUGGCUGAAAUAACAUUCUAACAUUUAUUGUUGUAAUUUAGAUCCCAUCAAUUAAAUUAUUGACCAUUUUACCUUUAAGGCUUAAUAUUGUAACAUUUAAGACAUUAAGACUAAAAAACUGCAAGAAAACAUCACCUUCAUCAAAGGUGUUAAAAGCUGAAUAAACAUUUUCACUGACUAUAUAUAAUUAAAAUAUUUCAAAUUUAAAUUAUUUAAAUUAUUUCAACUAUGCAACAACUCUUUUUGUUUUUACCAACAAUAUAAAAUGUAACAUUUCAUCUCACUUAAUGUUGUUUAUACACUUUAAUCCAGCAUGCCAUAGCUUAGAGCUUUAUAACUACAUGCUGCUCAAUACAAGUACACAGGACAGAUCAACGUUUAAACAUAACCUCCCUCAUAUAACAAUGACAUGACUGAAAUAAAGCAAAUAGACUACAAAACCUGAACCUAUCCUCAGGGGGUAGGUAUCUGUACCCCCUGAUCCGUAACCUGGAACUUUAAUUUUCUCAAUGUAAAAUUAAAUACAAUUGAAUUCACAAAUACAAAAACUUAAAUUCACAAACAAACUAUUUACAGCUAAUUAACAACAUUUGUGAUUACACUUUAAUAUUAAUGUGUUGUUGUUUUAGAAUGUUACAUAGUUAUCUUACCCACAAGUUAUGUAGGAAUUCCAGUGUAGAAAAGCCAUGUCUAUUCUCAGAAAAACAUAAAACCCAACAGAACUACUGUAUAUAGAAACUAUUCACUAAAUACUCUCAUUAAUUUAAUACGCUGUCUACUCCACAUAGGAAGAACAGACAUGUAAAUUAGUAACUGACUUGAUGCAGACACAUAUCUGAAGCGGACUGAUAUUGUCUUGUUGUGACUGACUGGGGCGAGGUUUAUAUGAUGUAAUGUCACAUGGAAAUAAAUGCGCCAGCCAGAAAUCUGCCCAAAUGGUUCUCAAUGAGAGGGCGCUGCAGUUCUAUUUUUCACCACAGAUUUACACUGGAAAUUUGUUGGGCACUGUAUAGGUGGGGAGGGCUCUGAGACCAGCUUCCCCACUUAUAAUUUAUGUAGGCUUCUUGGUAUUUGUCAAGGGCCCCUUAAUUUCCCAGUUCCCUAAGCGGCUGCUUACCUCGCUUAUUGGUUAAGUCCGCCCCUGCCUAUCCUCUUAAUAGUGCUGCUGGCUAACGUGGUGUCUAACUGAAAAUAACUCCUCAGCAAAGCUA